AGGGUGUGUUUACAUCGCGUCACAGCAGUCUGUCGAAGGGAUAAAUCUGACACAUCAGCAUCAUGUUCCACGGGAUACCAGUGUCAGGAGUUGUUGGAGGAGCUCCGGCCAACAAACCUGAGUUAUAUGAGGAAGUUAAAUUAUACAAAAAUGCAAGGGAACGAGAGAAGUUUGAUAACAUGGCAGAGUUGUUUGCUGUCGUCAAGACCCUGCAGGCCUUGGAGAAGGCUUACAUCAAAGACUGUGUCACACCUAAUGAGUACACAGCUUCCUGUUCCAGACUCUUGGUUCAGUAUAAAGCUGCGUUCAAACAAGUGCAGGGAUCUGACGUGGGCACCAUCGACGACUUCUGCAGGAAGUACAGACUCGACUGCCCACUCGCCAUGGAAAGGAUUAAGGAGGAUCGGCCAAUCACCAUCAAAGAUGACAAGGGCAAUCUGAACCGCUGCAUUGCAGACAUUGUCUCUCUCUUCAUCACUGUGAUGGACAAGCUGAGACUGGAGAUCAGGGCCAUGGAUGAGAUCCAGCCAGACCUGAGGGAGCUGAUGGAAACCAUGAACAGAAUGAGCAACAUGCCUCCAGACUCAGAGGCUAAGGACAAAGUCAGCCUUUGGUUGACCACCCUCAGCAGCAUGUCGGCCUCAGACGAAUUGGAUGAUAACCAGGUGCGCCAGAUGCUGUUUGACCUGGAGUCGGCCUACAAUGCCUUCAACCGCUUCCUCCACUCCUCCUAAAAACAGCUUCCCACCCUGGAACCAUGUGUCUGAAAUUCUGACUUUAAAACCCACUAAGUUAAAAUAAUCUCUACUUUAUCUCCUUAUGGUUAUUGGUAAGGAGAGGAUUUGUCUGGGAACAGGUUUUCUCUCGUCUGAUUCUCCAUAUAUUUCCUUUCUGUCUUCACAUUUGUUCCCUUUGUCGUUAUUUAUGUUGUGUAUAUCCACCACCACCACUGUUUGUGGUACUUAGCGCUGCCUGCAGCCUGCAGCCUCCACCACUGGACUCUGCCUGUGCUUUGAGAUCCCCCAUUGGCCUGUUUUCUAUCCAAACAUGUCUGAUAAAUCCUUUAACACUGGCUGUUUGAUUCUGAUUUUGACAAAACUGUUUACUUCUAACUUUGUACUGUAGAUUAAAAAGAAAGGGUAUAAUUUUAUACUUGGGUUUUGCAGAGCACCAACACAGAGGCAUGAAUCAACUAUAUUGGGCAAAUUACGCACAUGAAGAAAAGGUUACAACAGCCAAAGCCUUUAUUAUUGGAAAGAUAAAUAUAUAUAUUUUUCUUUUUGGUACCCUAAAUGUUUCCACUAUCAAUCGCUGGGAGACAUUUUUGUGUAAAUGUAAAAUUCUUCAAUAGUUUGUAAAAAAAAACAGAAAAAUAGCUGACAAGAGUUAAAGGUCAACUGAUCAAAUGGAGCUGAAAUAGUUGUUGGGAAACAUUAUUAGACUGCACUCUAAAUUAAUCAUUAUAUUGAAAGGAAAUGUUUUCUCUUUAUUUGUCUACAGUUUGUCUUCUGUUAACAUGCCUAAUCCAUAUUUCCUUUAGAAGUGAGGGUUUGGCCACAUGAAGUGGGCAAAAGAGAGGUGGACACACCCCCUCCGUAUUUUGCUUACUAAAUAUGUUUCAACCCUCAAACACCAGUAGGGAGAACAUAUUUAUUAAGAUUUAUCAUUGUAAAUAAUAGUUUUGAUUUUUAAAUAAAAGCAUGUAAGAUCUUUUUAGAAAUAAAAUUGAAAAGUCUA